UCACAGUAACAAGUGCGUUUAAAUGUUGUGAUUUUUUUACUAACGAACGAUUUACGAUAUUUAGCCUAAGAUGAAGUUAUCUAUUAUAUUGCUUAUUGUUGGCCUUUGUGUGGUGAGUGCGAAAUACUUACCAGAAGAAUGGGGUAAUGCAGAUCAAUAUUUAAGUCGCUUUAAGAGAUUCGAUUUAGGAGAUUCUGAUACAUCAUCCGAAGAUGACGAUAAAUUCAACUCAAAAGAUGAUGACAGCGAGAACUCAACCGAUGAAACUGAUGUAAGGGAACAAUCUAAACGUAUUACCAAUCUAGAAAGGAUGCGACAAAAACUAUUGGAAAAGCAAGAAAAAGAGAGACUAAAGCAAGAAGAAGCUCAGCGUAAAAUUGAAGAGAGAAUAGCAAAAGAAUUGCAGAAAGAGGAAGAGAAGCGUCAAAAAGAACAACGUAAAUGGGAAGAGAAACUUGAGAAAGAACGGAAAAAACUAGAAGAGGAACAAAGAAAAAUUCAAGAAAAAAUAGUUGAAAAUGAACGCAAACGACAAGAAACGAUCAAAAAAGAGAUGGAGGAACUGGAAAAAAAUGAACAAGAAAAGCAAGAAAGGGACAGCAGUUCAUCAAAUAAUGAUGAUUCAGACAAUGAUUCAAUAGAAUUAGAAGAUAUUUGGAAAAUCCAUAUCUAUUCCAAAUACGGUAUAACCGAAGAAAACACGAAUGUUGAAAAGAAGACGGCAUUAAGAAAGUACAUGCAAGAAGAACUGGGCCUUAAUGCUAAUAGUACCCAAAGCGAACGCCGUCAAGCGGUACUUCGAUUUAUACAAUCUGAGUUGCAGAAAGUACCAAAUAUUAACAUCCUGAGAAGUCAGUUCAUUGACUACAUUAAUUACGUGGGUGUGCAAAAAAUUAAAACAAAAUUGGAAGGAGACAUAGAAAAAUUAAAGAAUAAAACGGAAACUCUCGACAAUGUUAAUUUCACUUGGGUGCCGAUUGCUAAACAAAAUCUCGCAGAGCAGGUCUCAUUUUUAGAGACCCUCAAACAGUUUUUGUCUAGUUUGUUACCAAACUGGUUUAAUGGAAACACAGAUAAACAACAACAGGGUGUGCCGGUUACUAACGCACACUCUAUAAUAUCCCCAGAGUCUGGUAUUGUAAACCAACAAACGAAUGAUGCUAAUCCAACUAAUACCAUAAAUACCAAUAGCAAUUUGAGGCCAAGUAACGCUGGAGAUAAUGUGAGCCCAAGUAACGCGGGAGAUAAUGUGAGCCCAAGUAACGCGGGAGAUAAUGUCAGCUCAAGUAACGCGGGCGAUAAUGUGAGCCCAAGUAACGCUGGAGGUAAUGCACUAAGUAAGUCUCCAGUUUCUGAAAAUAACGGUGCCUCAGUUUCAACUAGUUCAUCUGUUGUAUCGGAAUCAUCUGUAAUCGACUUAGAAAAACCUAAAUCAUCAUUUGUUGAUGAAGCAAAUCCUAUAAAUCAAUUGGAUACUGUCGAUAAAACCAAUUUUCAGCAACCGUCAGCCGUAGAAACAAAUGAGGCUACAAUUACCCUAAAGGAAGAUACGAUAAAUAAACAGUUACCAUCAGAAAUAGAUACUGAUACUGUAGGAGUUACUAAGAACUCUAUAAAUGAAUUGAAUGGAGACACAACAGUGGUUCCAAAAUCAGAUACAGGCAUAACGAAUGAAUCUGCGCAGACUGGUAUUACUACUAACUCCGAUGUACGAGGCGUAGGUCUUAACGAGAAGCCCUCGAUAGAAACAGAUAGCGUAAAUAAUGUGAAUAACGGUGCAAUUGCUGAAAACACUCCAACUGAAUUACAAGCUAACCCCUCCGUAGCUAUUGCAUCAGUCGAUGAUACUACAAACCAAAACAUAGCUGACAAAGUAAAUAAAAAUGUUGAUUCUUUAAAUAAAAACAUAAAUAGCGCAACGGAAUAUUCAAACAAUGCAGUUGCUGGCGCCGCGGUGGCAGUGACAAUAACAGAUGGUGUGAUUACAUCUUCUUCAGCUUCUGGUUCUGAUCUUAGUGAAGCAUCUUCAUCGAUAUCUAACAAUAAUGAGAACACAGGUACUAGUCCUAGCAUUUCGAAUGAACCAAACUUAGUUAACAUAGAUGCAUCGACAGUGGGUUCUAAAAAUUUAAUUACUGAUACUAUUUCGGAAUCAAGUCCAGCAGUUGAUAAUAGUGCUGCAGCUUCAGAUUUAACUGGUUCUGUUAUUACAGAAGCGUCUCUAACGUCAGUAGGUAGUGAUUAUAUUGCACCAUCAGGCAAUACACUAGACGAAUCAAGCAGUACUUCUGAAGAUUCUAAGAAUGUUAACAAGGACGCCACGCAAAAUAUACCAACUAACAGCAGUACGAAUAUUUCCAAAAAUGAAGCAGGCGAAAAUCCUUUAACAUCAAAUGGAAUCCAGUCUCAAGUGAUUACAGAAGCCAUUGAAGUAAAAACUCCAGCUACUAUUGUCAAUGAAUCUUCCAAUGUAGUUCAGGAACAAUCAAGUCCUGAAAGUAGUAACACCGAACAACAGUUAAUAAAUGAAAUUACGACUGUUGUUACGGAACAAGGUUUGACAGCCGAAACGAGAUUGCAAGAUGUAUCUCAAGCAAGUGGUUUGAAUACUGACUCAGUAACGCAAGAAACGCCAGUUAGUCCCCCAGUUCCUGUUGAGCCCGGUGCAGCAAUUGUAGAUGUAGCACAACAGUAA